AUGGCACCUAUCAGUUUCAAAAGUGUGGCUAUGUCGAAUGGCGCGGCGAGUGUUGAGUCGACAUUAGAGCAAUGCGACAUUGCUGUAAUUGAUGAUGUUUUCAAUGAGACGGCUCUUGAGGAGGCGACCAGACGUGGAGUCAUUGUAGCUCCCACGGCGUGGAUUGAAAGAUGUGCUGCUGAGGGCCGUACGGUUCCAAUUGAAGGGGAAUUCAAGCCUAAGUCUAUGCGAGAGAUCCUCAAGCAAACUAAGGUCUUUUUCGUAGAACACUUUUUACUGUAA